AUGUCUUCCAUCUCAAUUGCAACUCUCCCCCGCAUGGGUCGCGAUGCUCUAGCGGCCCUACUCUCAACUGGCGAGCCAUCCAACCUAGCCAUUGUUGAUGUCAGAGACUCAGACCACGUUGGCGGCCAUAUCCGCUCCUCAAACUGGGUUCCCAGCUCAACGCUAGAUGUGCGCAUGCCUGAGCUUAUCCGCACUCUCAAAGACAAGAAAAUGGUUGUCUUCCACUGUGCAUUGAGCCAGCAGCGUGGUCCUUCUGCGGCUCUUCGCUAUACGCGCCAGCGUGAAAGCACCCUUGGCGCGGAAGAGAGCCCAAAGCAGCAAGUUUUUGUGCUUGAUGGUGGGUUUGUGGAGUGGCAGCAAAAGUAUGGCAAUGAUACUCAGCUGACUGAGGCUUAUGCUGCUGAUGUCUGGGAGGAAUAUUGA